AUGACCAGCAAUGACCUGUCCGGGAGGGUGCAGACCGUACUCGGGCCGGUCGAUCCCGGUCAACUUGGCAGGACGCUUACCCACGAGCACAUCCUAUUCGACGGCUCCUGGGUCAAAACGUGGUUCCCAAGCGCGAGCGACCAGGCCUUCUAUGAGAAGCCGGUCUCCCAGGAGAUUCUCGGCAAAAUACGGCACCGGUUGAAGGAGAACCGAGACAAUGGACGGCUUGAGGACAUCCAGACGGCCAUCGAAGAGGUUGGGCUGUUCAAGCAGUAUGGCGGGGGCACGCUGGUCGAGGUGUCGAGCAUCGGAAUAGGCCGCGACCCGAUUGGCCUUGCCAGGGUCUCCAACGCCACGGGCGUGAAUAUCGUGAUGGGCGCUUCAUACUAUGUGAACACGCAUCACCCGCCGGGGAUGGACGACCUGACAGAGGACGAUAUCGUCGACCUGAUAGUAGGGGACAUCACCGAAGGGGCCGAGGGGACUGGUAUAAGAUCCGGCAUCAUAGGCGAGGUCGGCUGCGACUGGCCCCUGACGGACAACGAACGGAAGGUGCUGAAGGCAUCGGCGCGCGCACAGCGCAUGACCGGCGCACCGCUACUCAUACAUCCCGGCAGGGACGAGACGGCGCCACUUGAGAUCAUCGAUAUCCUGGAUCGGGCCGGGGCCGACCUGUCGCAUACGAUCAUGGGCCACCUCGACAGGACGGUCUUCGAACGCGGUACGCUCAAACAGAUCGCUGAGUCGGGCUGCUACAUGGAGUGGGACCUGUUCGGCUGGGUCGGGUCGUACUACUCCACGAACCUGAACAUCGACAUGCCGAGCGACGACCAGCGCCUUGAGCGCAUCGCCUGGAUAUCGUCCGAAGGCUACGGCCGCAAAGUCGUCGUGGCGCAGGACAUAUGCACGAAGCACCGUCUGGAGAAGUUCGGCGGCCACGGCUACUCGUACAUACUGGACCACAUAGCUCCCAGGAUGCUGUACAGGGGCUUCACUCCUGAGGGUGUCCACGACAUCCUGGUCUCCAACCCUGCCGAAGUGCUCACGUUCCGGUAG